GUCCUUGGUCAUUUAGGAAAACAGAAGAGAGUAGUUUCAGCGUGGUACCAUGUCAAUUUAGAAUUUUUCUUAUCGCUUUGGUUAAGAAUCGACAGAAGUAUCAUGGCGCACCCAAAACUGAGGCAGCUGGAAUCGUCAGUGCAGAUGAGACUAUACACACUUACAAAGAGACAAUUUGUUCUUGUCUUUGUGGGAUUCUUUUCUUGUUUUGUGAUUACUUUCAUAAUUGGUCUUGCAGGCCCCCCUAUCAUCAGUCAGAAUACCCUCACGGCAAGACAGCUGGACCCAAAAGUGAAUCUAAUGACUGGGCCUUUUAAAAUGGAGUCUGGAAUGCUCACAGUCUUCAACCAACAGCUGUGGCUUUUGUGCAAAUUGCAAAUAAGUGGAUUACGGAAAAAAGAAUUUACAUUUGAAAAGCAGUUCCGUGUUUUUGUGAAAAUCAUGGGACGAAACAAACAUACGAGCAGCUACAAAUUAUUAUCGCAGUCAUUCCAUAACAGGACCAGAACCAUUAAGUGUACUGUCAAGGGUUGCGAACAUUUUGUUGUCCUUCAUAUAAGCAACAUAGAGCAUCCUUCUUAUCAAAUCAGCAUCAGAUUCCACGAACUUUCGUUCCCUUCGGUGCUUAAAGUGCGAAAUAUUCUUUUCAUGUUCAAAUAUUACAAUGCUGAGUUCACGCAAAUCGAGAUAUGGUUUCGUUUUGCUUUCUUGGUUCUCUCCUUCACAGUAACGUGUCUUUUCGCUCACACGUUGAAAAGAUUCCCCUUGAGAGAAUGGACGAUCGAGCAGAAAUGGAUGUCUUUGCUGUUGCCGCUCUUGCUUCUUUACGAUGAUCCGAUUUUUCCUCUGAACUUCUUGCUGCAUAGUUGGAUACCAUUGGCUAUCGAUGCUGUCUUUCAAGUAACAUUUCUAGCUGCUAUGCUUAUGUUUUGGCUCUGUGCCUUCCACGGCAUUCGUCAGAGUGAAAGAACCUUUGUUGGUUUUUACCUUCCAAAAAUUAUGAUCGUUGGAAUAAUGUGGGUCAUAGGAUGUGUCUUGCUGGGUUGGCAACAACACAAUGAGCUGUUUGAUCCUUCAUAUCAAUACAAAGUUGAUAUUGGUCAUUUUGUGGGUUUGAAAAUUUUCUUCUUCAUUGUCGGUGGUAUUUACUUGCUUUACUUGAUAAUUCUGAUUGUGAAGGCCUACUUUGAGCUGCGAAACAUGCCAUAUUUUGAUGUACGCGUGAAGUUUCUGACUGGCUUAAUGCUCAGUGUCGUUGCUAUUAGUCUAACAGCCACUGGUAUGAGAUUUGGAACUGCUAUCGUUCAAGAUAACUUCGUUGCUGAAAUCACGACGCAGUACCAAAAUUCUGCGGAGUUCCUGUGCUUUUAUGGUUUAUUUAAUUUUUACCUCUACACAAUGGCAUUUGUGUAUUCACCAUCAAAGAGCGCAGUAAAAGAUGCACUUAACAGGGACAACACAUCAUUCACAAUGUUGUAUGAUUCAGAUGAAGAUGUUAUUUACGGGCGAAAGUCAUCUAAGAGAGGGACCCCAAAAGAAGAUAAGAGCGAGGAAGAAGAUGCUUUUUGACAUGCACAGUAUUCCUAACACUGAAUUAUGACGUUAUUAAUAAAACCAAAACAGCAGUUUAGUUGAUCUUUUACAGGAAUAUCCUGUGAAAAGAGGAUGCCCUAUCUGGUCUUCAAAACAUUACGUUUAUUAAUGUUUUUCUCUAGAAUUUUAUGGCUCAUUCAACAAAAAACCCUUCUUUGUUCACCCAGCCCGUAAGGAGUAUCCUUUACUCUCUUUCGACAAGAACCUUCGUGACAUGUACCCAAGCUACCUAUCUUAGGGUGUGUGGUUCUGUUGUUAAUUUUUAAUCAUCAAAAAGUGACCUUGAAUCCUAUUAUGAAAAUUUAUUUAAAUGUAUAUAAGACAGAAAUUUGAUAAUCUUGUUUUGAACUCGCCAUACUUACAAACUUAACAAUCAAAUUAUUCUUAAUGCUGUGUUGUUUAAACCAUGACUAUUGGUUCUGAAAUGUAUUUAUUUCGUGAGGUAUUAACUAUGCAUUACCUAUAACCUUCAUAAAAAUGUAACAUUAUUGAAAAGUGAGAUGAGAUAAGAAACUUG